CCACGUUCUCAUUGCGGACAGGUCUCCGAAUGAGAUAGUUGACCUUGAUAUAUCGAUUUCUGUCGUCCAAACUCGCCUUGUUUUACCCCCUUGGCUUGUUCUGAAAUCGAAAUCUUCGAGAUGCUCUCCUUCAUGUCAUCGGGGUCGAAAUCCCCAGCUGUCUAUAUCCUCGCAGCAUGUCUGCUCGCAUUCGCCGUUGCCAGUCGCAUCCGUCUCUAUCUAGUUCGAAAAGCGUUCAAGAAGGAGCACGGCUGCCAACCUAUCCAGGCCAAAUGGCCCAUCAAGGACCCCAUCUUCGCAUCAGACGUCAUGCGGAGCACCUUGAAGCGGGGUCGAGAAGGUACGAUCCUCGAAGGAGCGGCCGACCGUUUCCGUCGCAUGGGUUGUUACACCUACAAGUACGCCAACUUCACCACUCCCGUCAUAGCGACCGCGGAGCCGGAAAAUAUCAAGACAAUCCUCGCUCUUCGCUUCAAGGACUACAGCCUCGGGAUGCGCAAGGUCGCAUUCACUCCCUUACUAGGCCAGGGCAUAUUCAAUUCGGACGGCGAAAGCUGGGCGCACUCACGGCACAUAAUCCGCCCCUCUUUCGUGCGGGACCAGGUGGCAGAUCUGAACACAUUCGAGAGACAUAUCGCCUACUUGUUCAAAGCCAUUCCUCAUGAUGGAAGUACUGUCGAUCUCCAGGAGCUCUUCUUUCGUUUUACCAUCGACUCGGCUACGGAAUUCCUAUUCGGUCAAAGCACCAACAGUCUCCGGGUCUACAAGCCAGGAGGUGGACCACAGGAAGACGCGGCAUUUGCAGAGGCGUUCGCGGUUGCACAGAGCGACGUAAUUGUACGAGGUCGGAUGGGGAAUCUCGCCAUGCUGACGCGCGACAAGAAGGCACAACAGGCGAUAAAGAUCUGCCACGAAUACGUUGAUCAAUUCGUGGAUGAUGCUGUGCGCCAUAACAAGAUGACCGACAUUGAGAAAAAGGCGGCUGGUAGCGGGGAGAAGUACAUUUUCUUACACGAGCUCGCAAAGUCGAUGAAAGACAAAAAGAGCAUGCGGUAUGAGGCGCUAAACGUGCUGCUUGCUGGUCGGGAUACCACGGCAGGCCUGCUGAGUAACAUGUUUUUCGAGCUAGCAAAGCAACCGGCAAUUUGGGCGAAGCUGCGCGAGGAAGUAGCACAGUUCGAGGGUACACCUCCCACAUACGAGCAGCUGAAGAGCUUGAAAUAUUUGAAGUGGUGUAUGAAUGAAUCACUUCGCAUCCACCCCGUCGUACCCGGAAACUCCCGCCUUGCCGAACGCGACACCAUCCUUCCCCUGGGUGGUGGGCCUAACGGCACUUCUCCUCUUUUCGUACCCAAAGGCACCCUGGUAACCUACUCGCCCUGGACGAUGCACCGGCGGCCCGAGUUCUUCGGUGCAGACGUCGAGGUCUUCCACCCCGAGCGGUGGGAAACACUGCGCCCAGGAUGGGAAUACCUCCCCUUCAACGGAGGUCCACGCAUUUGUCUGGGCCAGCAGUACGCACUUGCGGAAGCAGGAUACGUGACGGUGCGGCUGGCGAUGCAGUUUGAGAAGCUAGAGAGCCGGCAGCCGGGUCCGUGGAAAGAAGCGUUGCAGCUGACGCUGAGUUGCGGGGGUGGGACGAAGGUGGGAAUGUAUGCUAAGUCCCAGUUGAUGGCUCAGAAAGAGAAAAGAGCGGGUUUCGAUUAAGCAGCCAUGACGGCAAAAAUUCUAAGAGAAAGGGAGCUUUGAAAGAUAUGGGCUGAAAGUUGUAAAAAAGUACUGAUUGGGUGGAUUUAUGGGCUCUGUUCUGGCGCAGUUGGAGGUAAAUACGGAGGAACCAUUGUACGCAAUUAAUGUAGUA